AUGGCUGACGCUCUCGCGGCGUACUACGCCGGCGGCAUCGACGGGGCGACCGAGUCGGACUCGGACUUUGAGACGAUGGUGGCCGGGAGCGAGCAGCCAAACGAGAAGGUUAAGGCCAAAGCAAAGACCAAGACAGCAUCCCGCAGCCGUCGGCGGGUCCGCAAGCCUGUCCACAAGCCGACGUGCAAGUAUGGCAUCAAGUGCUUCAACAUCGACGAGCGCCACAUCGCCAAGUUUGUGCAUCCACACGGCCACGAUCCGUACCUCGCCAAGUACCGCAACGACGCGGCGCUGUCGUCCGAGACCGAGUCCGGCUCGACCGAGAUUGAGAGCAAGGCCACAGACAGCUACGACGGCUUCUCGACCAUCGAUGUACUGGCGCCGGGUGACGACAACUCGCUUGUCGACUCGGAGCUCGAGACAGACGACGGACUCGGCUCGGCCUCGGACUCGUCGACUACCAUCGGCCUUGCCGCCAUUCCUGCCACACCGUCGCCGAGCAGCUCGUCGCGCUCGCCGGACUCGGUGCCGCACUCGGUGGCGGCGGCCGCGCUGCGGGCGCAGUUGCGGGCGCCGACCGGCUCGCCCAUCAUGCUCACCACUCGCGAGCUGGCGGCGGCAGCGCCGACGUUCAAGCUGUGGAAGCCGCCGCCGCCGCCAUGCCGACGGGCGCCGCUGGCUCCCGUCAACCGCUAG